CAGCCAAGAAGUGACAGAAGAGAUGGGACGCUGAGAGUGUAAAGUAGGAGUAGGCACGACGGGAACAGUAAAGUUUAUCUAGAGGCGAGAAAAUAAAAUAAAUUCACUUCAAAUGGCGGCAGAGUAUUCUGACCUUGAGAAGGCCAUUAACACCUUGGUCACAAACUUCCAUGCCGCUUCUCCUGAUAAUCAACCUACGCUGAAGGUAGACGAGUUCAAGAACCUUCUCUCUUCCCAGCUGCCAACAUUAAUCAAGUCGGAUCAUUUUGGAGAAGUGCUGAAGCAAAUGGGUGUGAAAGAUGGAGAAGGCAUCAGCUUCAAACACUUCUGGGGCCUGAUCCAGAACUUGGCCACAACCCAGCAUGGUCUGCUCAGCCACGAGAAGUUGUCCAAAUGCACCUGCCUUUUACUAUGAGCCGCAGACUUCAGCUGCAUCUCCCACUAAGAUCUGGUCUCUCCAGAACCACUCAUCUCCAGACAAAACACUAACUUUCCUUCCUAAACAUUCCAAUAAAAUGCUGACUAAAUGAACAUCAACAUGUCCUUACAUUAUUUUUUUUUUUUUUUUAACAUUGUGUCAAGCAUUACAGUGAUCAUCUCUCUUCAAUCUAGCAUCAAGUUAAUCGUAAUAUACAGACAAGAUAACUAACGUCAUAUUGCAUAAUUUACUUGCAAGUAAAACAAAUCGAACUCCAGGUUAAGUUACAGCUUCCCACACAUACAUUUAACCUAAAUUGAGUGUUUCU